UCUUCCGGUUCCGCUUUAGGUCUUGGCGCGAGAUUUUGUUGCUGCAGGUAUGUUUUAAGAGCAGCUGUACGACGUCGUUUCGUAAAAAGUAGGAAAAUAUAAACUUCUGUCACAGACGGACGUUAAACACAACAGCUACGGACGCGGAGCGUUCUCUGAGCGGACAGGUCGCUGGAUUUGACCGAUUGGACUGAACCCUUACACCUGAGGCAGACAGAUGCUGUGUAAACUCAUUCAGGAUGAACUGUGAACUGUUGGCAACCUGCAGUGCCCUUGGAUACCUUGAGGGAGACACCUAUCACAAGGAGCCAGACUGUUUGGAGAGCGUAAAAGACCUGAUCCGAUAUUUACGUCAUGAAGAUGACACCCGUGAUGUCCGCCAGCAGCUCGGGGAAAGCCAGAUCGUUCAGAACGAUCUUCUGCCAAUUAUUGUUCAGUAUAGACAAGACAAAUCCUUAUUUGAUGCCUGCAUCAGACUUGUGGUCAACCUUACUCAGCCGGCCAUGCUGUGUUUUGGUAAAGUCCCGGAUGACCCGGUGUUCAGGCAUCACUUUAUGCAAGUGACAUCCCAUUUACAAGCCUAUAAAGAGGCCUUUGCAAGCGAGAAAGUGUUUGGCAUUCUGAGUGAGACCUUGUACAGCCUCCUACAACUCGACUGGGAGCAGAGACAGGAAGAAGACAACCUGCUUAUAGAGAGGAUUCUGCUGCUGGUCAGAAACGUGCUUCAUGUCCCUGCAGACCCCUGUGAAGAGAAGAAGGUGGACGAUGAUGCCAGUGUUCAUGACCGGGUGCUGUGGGCCCUUCACAUGAGUGGUUUUGAUGACCUGGUCAAGUUCAUCGCCUGUGCUCAGAGUGAGCAGCAGUGGAGCAUGCAUGUGCUGGAAAUCAUCUCCCUCAUGUUCAGAGACCAGACGCCAGAGGCUUUGGUGAGCGCCGGUCAUGCUCGAUCAACUGAAGAGAAACAAAGAGAUUCCCAGGAGCUGGAGGCACUGAGGGAGAAAGAACACGCUGAGAAACGCUCUCGUAACUUGCAGAGAGGGACCAGACAUUCUCGCUUCGGUGGGUCUUACGUUGUUCAAGGCCUCAAAGCCAUCGGGGACAAAGAUGUGAUCUACCACCAGAAUCUCAACAACUUUAAAAAUUACACCCACGACCUCGGCAAAGCAGUGAGACGCGUCCCUAGGAGGAAUCGACGGGCUCAAGAAUGUAAGGACAAGCGGCGCUCGGCCUUGAACGUUCGACUCUUCCUCAGAGAGUUCUGUGUCGACUUUCUAGAGAACUGUUACAACCGACUGAUGUACCUGGUGAAGGAAAACCUGAUCCGGGAGCAGACUCAGCAGCACGAUGAGACCUAUUACCUCUGGGCGCUCAGCUUCUUCAUGGCCUUCAACCGUGGCAACGGUUUCCGCGCCGACUUGGUGUCAGAGACCAUGUCCAUUCGUGCGUUUCAUUUUAUUGAACGCAACAUUACCAACUACUAUGAAAUGAUGCUGACAGACCGCAAAGAGGCCACAUCCUGGUCCCGCAGGAUGCAUUUGGCUCUAAAAGCCUAUCAAGAGCUGCUGCUAACUGUGAACGAGAUGGACCGCUCACAUGACGAAAGCAUCCGCCAGAGCUCCAAUGUCAUUAAAAGUAACAUAUUCUACCUGAUGGAGUACAGGGAGAUCUUUCUGACGCUGCUGAGAAAAUACGAUGAAACCAAGCAGCCGCAGUCCUACCUCAAAGACCUGGUUGAGUCAACGCAUCUGUUCCUGCGCAUGCUGGAGCGCUUCUGCAAAGGUCGCAGUAAUCUAAUUGUGCAGAGGAAGAAAGUGAAACGAAGGAAGCCUCACAGUAGAAGGAAGCAGUUGCCUCCAGAAUCAACCCCAGAAACGCUGGCGGAGACCUGGAAGAUCGUGGAGGAGGAACUGAGAGCUGUGGGGUUUCAGCUGUCAGACUCUUUGGCCGAGACCAUCGUGCCUUUUGACGCCGCGUCUGAAACUCCUCCUGAGGAGCAGCGAAUGGAGGCGGUGGUCCGAGUUCAAGAUGCGCUGCUGGCUCGACUGGGACCUGAAGCUCUGGCCCUGAUGCGCGCUGCUAGGGAGGUGUGGCCAGAGGGCGACGUGUUUGGUUCAGCUGACGUGGAACCUGAAGAAGAACUGGAGCUUCUCAAGCAGAUCCUCCAUGCCAACCUGCCCAGACCACCUCCUGAGACAGUGGAGGAUGAGGAUGAUGGAGUCGAGUUAGAAGAGGAAGAGUUGAUGUCUGUUCAAGUCACUGAAAAAGAGUUUAACUUUUUGGACUUCCUCAGAAGGUUUGCCAACCCCGCCGUCGUACGUCCUUACCUGCUGCUGUUAAAGUCUUACUCUAAAAACACCCCGCACACAAACCACUGCAUAGCGCGAAUGCUGCACCGCUUGGCUGUCGACCUGAAAAUGGACGCCCUGCUCUUCCAGCUGUCGGUCUUCUACAUUUUCAACCGAAUCAUGAGCGAUCCAGCUGCAGCCGCGUACAAGGAACUAGUGACCUUCUCCAAGUACGUGGUGAACCGCUUCUUCUCAGUGGCGGCUCAGAACAACAAGGCGUAUGUGGAACUGCUCUUCUGGAAGAACGUGGGGGCUGUACGCGAGAUGACCGAAGGCUACAGGAAGGAGGGCGAGGGGAAGAAGCCAACGUGGACCGAAGAAGAGGAGGAGGAGCUGCGGAAGCUCUACCUGGAGCACCGGGACUCAGAAGUGCCAGACAUCGUGGAGACUCUCCUGUCGUUAAUCAGCAACAGCGCCCGCACUCGGCGACAUGUGGUGACUCAGCUGGUGCACAUGGGUCUAGUGGACAACGCCAAAGAACUAAAGAAACAGAAGAUUGGCACGCGGAUUGUUCUGUGGACGGAGGAGCAGGAGUUGGAGCUUCAGAUGCUUUUUGAAGAGUUCAAAGACUCUGAUGAUGUGCUGGGUAACAUCCUGAAGAAGCUCACGGCCAAGCGGUCGCGUGCACGUGUGGUGGACAAGCUGCUGAGCAUGGGCCUGGUGUCCGAGAGGCGAGAACUUUAUAAAAAGAGAAGUCGCGGCGCUCAAGGGAAGAGCUCUGGAAAGGGAAUGACUGAAGAAGACUUCUUGGCUGAGAUAACACAAGGCCUUCCAGACAGUUCUGUGGAUGGAGAUGAGAGAGAAGAUGAGUCUGAGGAUAGUGAGGAAGGAGAUCAGGAGAGAGAGAAAUACCAGAGGGGUGGGAAAAGAAGUGAAAACGUUCAGCUGACAGGAGAGAAGAGAGCAGAAAUAAGCACCAUGGUGAACGCACUGCAACGAGAAGGCAUGUCUGGAUCGUUGUUGUGGCUGCAGAACUCGCUCAACAAAACUGCAGAACACCGUAAAGAUGACGAAGUGUCUCAGCCUGUCCCACUUGUCCCUUUUGGUGAGGCCAAUGAAGACGCCAUGGACAAUAAGCGCUUCCAGAAGCUGUUACUCAAACUGGGAAUCCGGCCGCCUGCAAACGAACAAGAGAUUUUCUGGAGGAUCCCAGCUAAGCUAAGUCCAGAUCAGCUCUGGAGUGCAGCUGCAGCUUUGGCUCCAGGAGAGGGCCAAGCUGAAAACUGCGAAAAACAGGAAGGACCUCAGGAGGACGAGGUCUCGGCCAAUCAAAGGUCCCAGGCUCUCAGAGCUCUGCUGCUUGCACGUGGUAGGAAGCAUCAGACUGAGCAUGCAGCCCCCGUGUGUGGUAAAGCUGCUGCUGAUGAUACAAACUGUGAAACUGAAAGAUCCCAGGAGAAAACCUCCGCUAAAAGAAGCAGGAACAGAAUUUUGGAUGAUGAUGAUGAUGAUGAUGACGGAGAAGAGAAAGAGAACGAUUCCAGCGGUGUGAUGGACAUAGACAGAAACGGUGACGCAGACCUGGACCAGGAUAUCUCUGCUCCUGUGAAGCGAAGGCGGAAAAUGGUCCUAAUUGAUGAAGAGGAAGAAGAUUAGUGGAAGUCUUUAAUGGACUGCAGAGAGGAGUUUAUGAAAGUGGUUCAACCCUCUCGAGGGCUGGUGUCCAGACAGCAGAGAAUAAUAAUGGAAAAAGCUUCGGCUCAAAGAAAAGUUGAAAAAAACGUAUUCUGUAAUCUGUUCAGUGGGAAACUUUUUUUAUUGGUUUUUCAUAGUUUAUUGCCUCUUUGUUCACUUCUGGUUGUUCUGUGUUCUUAAUAUUUCCAGUUAAGAAAAACUGUCCAGGUUAUUCAUAUAAAGGUUUUUCCAUAUUUAGAAAAGUUGUUUGUUUUCUCAUUCGAUCGCUUUUAAAUUUGGACUUUUUUUUAAUAUGUCAGCAAAAUGUGUUUUGAUUAAUAAAACAACUAAAGAAUC